GGAAAGUGUGUUUCCUAUCCUGAAACGUUUUCUUGGGAAACGGAUGAGGUGUCUGAGUGGUGGAAGUGAUGCUGAGGGUGGCGCUGCGAUGGAACUCGAUUUGGAGGCCAAUGGCUUCUCUGCCACUAACUCCCUUCACAUGCCAAAAUCUCCACACGCUAAACCCUAGGCCUCGAUGUCGCACCUUCAAGCUUUUUUGUCGACCUUCUUCUUCCGCCGUCGCGCACACCUCGCCUCCUCUCUCCGGCGACCUGGACCGCUACCUCCGCUGCUCCAUGCCGCAGAACUCGCCGCUCCGAGUCGCGGUUCUUGUCAGCGGAGGCGUCGAUAGCAGCGUCGCUCUCCGGCUGCUCCACGCCGCUGGCCACUCCUGCACCGCUUUCUACCUCAAGAUAUGGUUCCAAGAAGAUUUCGAGAACUUUUGGUCUGAGUGCCCCUGGGAAGACGAUUUGAAGUAUGCUAAAGAUGUUUGUAAUCAGGUUGAUGUACCGUUAGAAGUUGUUCAUUUAACCGAUGAAUACUGGAACAAUGUGGUUUCUUACCUCAUUGAAGAGUAUAGUAGUGGCCGAACCCCUAACCCUGAUGUUCUGUGCAAUACAAGAAUUAAGUUUGGUGCAUUCUUGGAUGCGAUUGGUGGCAUGGGUUUUGACUAUGUUGCCUCUGGGCAUUAUGCAAAUGUUAUCCACCCAUGUUCUGAUCGGAGGGAUGAACCUUCUGUUCUGGAACUAUCACAAGACAUGGUAAAGGAUCAAACAUACUUCCUUUCACACCUCUCACAAUCCCAGCUGAAGCAACUUCUUUUUCCGCUUGGUUGUAUUCCCAAGGAUGAAGUCCGCAAGCUUGCCACAAAAUUUGAUCUACCAAAUAAGGAUAGAAAGGAUUCCCAAGGAAUAUGCUUUUUGGGCAAGAUAAGAUUCAGUGAAUUUGUUGCAAGACAUAUUGGGGAGAGAGAAGGUGUCAUACUAGAAGCUGAGACAGGAGAUUUCCUUGGCAAACAUCGAGGAUUUUGGUUUUAUACUAUUGGUCAGCGCCAGGGUCUACGGCUACCUGGAGGCCCAUGGUAUGUUGUUGAGAAGGAUGUUAAAAACAAUGUAGUUUUUGUGUCAAGAAAUUACUUUUCCUUUGACAAAAGAAGGCGUGUAUUCCGUGUUGGCUCUUUUAAAUGGCUUAGCGGGUUGCCCCCAGGCCAGACAACUCAGCUCCAAUGCAAGGUGAGACAUGGUCCUGGAUUUUAUGAUUGUAGCUUACAAAUGGAAGUCGAAGCUGAUGGCCAAUGUCACUCUGCUGUUGUCCGCAUAUCUGAAGAUGAUCAAGGCCUAGCAGCUGGGCAGUUUGCGGCAUUCUAUGAGGGAAGAACAUGCAUAGGUUCUGGUGUGAUUUUGGAGUUCUGGGAUGAUCAGAGUUUUCCAGUUUGUACAAAAGCUUUAGAAAUUGCUAGAAUGGAAGAUAAAUCAAAGAUUGGGAAUCCGGUAAAAAUAAAAGUUAAACCAGAUAACCCGCAAGAAGUGUGUGAUUCUGCAGAGUUAGCAAGUAAAACAUCACAAGGGAAUAAGAAAUUAAAGAGUUGCUGGCACUGAACAAAACAGACUGACGUGUAAGAGGAAUGCAGCUUCCAUUUUCCCUUUCAAUUGGCCACAACAGAGCAUUGGCAAAUGGGGGUAUACAUGCAGAUUUUCUGAUCCUUCGUUCUGUAACUUUUUUAUAUACAUGUUUAGGGAAACAAGAAGUAUUUUAUAGAGAGAAGGAUAGCGAUUUAAGGUAGGUGAGAAAUUAGUAGCUUCUAUUAUUCGGUGUUUCCAAUUAAAAUGUGUAUAUACUUUGUCAUGGUUUGCUUGAUACUUUAUUCAGUUUAUUGACAAAUGUACCUUAAGAUGCAAUUAUAAAAUGAAGAAUUUCUUAAUUUGGAA